AUGGCUCCAGCCGACGGGGGACUCGUCUCUCUCGCGCAUCCGCCGCCAGAUACAUCCCGUGAAGCGCUGCAGAGGGAGCUGGAUGACGCCAUUAUCCGGACUGCGGGCUCCCGCCGACGAGAUUAUGCCCUAUCCGUCGUCCAUGUCUCGCCCAGCGACCAUUCCAGGGUGCAGUCGUCCCUCUUGGCGUCGUCCAUCAUCGUCGCCCAGACGGGGCUUGGAGUCCUCGACCGGCUGCCCGUGGAACUGCUGCUGCAGGCUCUGCGACACAUGGACAUGCAGGCGCUCUUUAACCUGCGCCGGGUCAACCUCCGGGCCCGUCAGAUGGUCGAUUCGCUCAAGGAGUACCGCGCCGUCGUGUCUCACGGCCUGACGGCGUACUGCGCGCUGCUGCGGAUGAGGCUCGCCGCUCACGUCACGCUGCUGGACUUUUACAGGGUGCUGUGCGCCCAGGACUGCGCCUUUUGCGGCAAGUUUGGGGGCUUCGUCUUCCUGCCCUCGUGGAUACGCUGCUGUUUCGAGUGUAUCGAGGAGGAUCCCGAGACGAGGAUGGUGACGGUCGCCGAGGCCCGGAGGCUCUUCCGGCUGUCGCGCGCGGAAGUCGGGCGGCAGCGGGCGUGCCAAACGAUGCCCGGCAUCUAUUCAACGGGGCUGUACUCGACGGACAAGUCCUACCAGAGAGGGCGGCUCAGGCUGGUACCCUACUUUCCAGCCAUGAAGGAGUUUGGGGAUCGUCUAGAGACGGGUGUCCCUCGCUCGCGGCAUCGGCCCUUUUGGGAGCCGGCUCACAACUUCAUGUCUUCAUGUGAGCUUCCCUAUUAUGAUCCGCAGACUCGGGCCGUGGAGUACGGAAUAUCGUGCGCUGGCUGCGAGGCCCGCGCCAUUGAACAGCACCCUGGACAGGCUUCGAGGCCGGCAGAUGCUCCGUGGGACGGGGUCUUUUCGCGGGACAACUUUUUGAAGCAUUUCAGGACAUGCAGACAGGCGCAGAAGCUGUGGGAGUCCAGCCCGGAGGCUGCUCUUGAGGCCAUCAUCAAGCGGGAUGAUUAUUAUAACUGA